AUGGCAAUCUCCGGAUUCUUAACCAUUGAGAAUCCAGACACGUCAGUACUGUUUAGACAAAAAUUCUUGAAUAUCCAUGCACUUCACCUAAAAGUAUUAAACAUGAAUCUGGGGGAUGCAUUAGCGUUAGAGACGCAUACACAGAUAGCCAGAAAAAGAGAAUAUCCUUAUAAUGACGCAACAAGGAAAAGGGAAGAUAAGCACAUCGGUAAAUAUGUUAAAGAGUACAGCAUUCCAAUAAAGAGGAAUGACAUAGAAUACAACCUAUGGAGAAGGUUGCAACCGAGAAAUCUCUUCACAAUGAUGCGGCCUGAAGAAACCUUUAAACAAUAA